AUUAUGUGGCACAACAAUCGUGCCAUUCGGACAACUAUUCAGGCCCCCCUUUUGAAACACACAAUUCCCCAUCGGUCACAGAGCAUAGGCUAUAGAGAGGAGGGAGGGUGUGAGGACCCGCGCGCGCCCUCAAUUGUCUUUGUUCGGGAAGCUAGCCUCUGAGCGGAAGGCUCUUUUGAGCGCUAGAGCUCCACUGGGCAAAUAGCAGGGGCGCCUACGAGCAAGCAGGGGAGUGUCCACGGCCGCCGACUUUGAUUCGCUUCCUCUUCAUAAGACGGGUAAGCGCCCUUCACCCCCUCAUUCGUUUCUGAGAAGCAACGAGACAUCAUCAUGCCCGAGCCAGCAAAGUCAGCGCCCAAGAAGGGCUCCAAGAAAGCCGUCACCAAGACCGCAGGGAAGGGCGGCAAGAAGCGCAGAAAGUCCAGGAAGGAGAGUUACGCCAUCUACGUGUACAAGGUCCUGAAGCAGGUCCACCCCGACACCGGCAUCUCCUCCAAGGCCAUGGGAAUCAUGAACUCGUUCGUGAACGACAUCUUCGAGCGUAUCGCCGGAGAGUCCUCUCGCCUGGCCCACUACAACAAGCGUUCUACCAUCACCUCCAGGGAGAUCCAGACCGCCGUGCGCCUGCUGCUCCCGGGUGAACUUGCCAAACACGCCGUGUCCGAGGGCACCAAGGCCGUAACCAAGUACACCAGCUCCAAGUAAACAGCGCAUUUGGACUGCUCUACUAACCCAAAGGCUCUUUUAAGAGCCACC